CAUCAAAACCGGCGGCCAAAAUUAAUAUGCUUUCAUUGUUGACCUCAAUCGGAGCAAUCGUUUGUUACAGAUCAUAAAAAUUGAGCUGUUUCAUGAAUGGGAAAUUAAUCGUACCUCCCCGGCCCAUCAGCGCGCAGAGGUUUUUUAAUCACAUAAAAUGGGAGGAGUCAAAAUAAUGCAUAUUCAAUAGUAUGCGCCAACCUUAAGCGCAAAACAACUCCGCCAGACAAGGCGGCGAAAAUGGAAAAGGAUUUCGCGGGGAUUCCAGUUUUGCGGCAUAAAUGGAUGGAUUUAAGCCGAUUUGUCAUUUAAAUAUACCACCUGCUUUAAACGAAGUGUCGAGACAAGAGACCAUAAUCAUGGUUUGAUAAGGUGUUUUGGUUAAGUGCAUCACAAGAAGCCAACCAAUCGGGGGCAACUACAUUGUAGUAGAUUGUUCCUAUUCUGUCCUGCCAGCAAGCCAUGAGUACAGUUGGUAGCAACGAAUCCACUACAAAGAUGCCAACUGGAUCCUCAAGAAGAAAAGCCAGGGUGCCUCACCACAUAACGAGGCAGCCCUUAGUAGUCGAAGAUGAAGUCAUAGUCUCUGACAUUGAGGAUGCGAUGGACAUAGACCCUUCAUCGUUUGAUCCUGGUACCCCAAGUACAAGCAGUGAGGCAGUGUGCAAUGGGGCGGGUACCGGUGAUGAUAGUACCAGGGAAGAGGAGGAGGUCAAGGACAAAGAGGAGCCUGUUCUCCCAGAGGGAACAGUGAUUGUUCAGCCCGAGGCUGUUCCAGAUAAUGAAAGUGACUUUGAAGGACCGGAAUUCAAAUCCAAACUCAGGACCAGACGCAUGGCGCAAAAAGUAGAGAGUGAUAUUGAGAAGGCUCAUUGUACAUCAUGCCAUAAGCAAGUCAACCAUUUAGACGCUCGGACCUUCAAACCACAUCCCAUACUCAAAGUCAUUCUGUGCAGGAGAUGCUUCGACUACUACAAGAGUGGUACAUUCAGUCAAGAUGAUGAAGGGAUUGAUGAACAGUGUCGUUGGUGUGCCGAGGGUGGUAGUCUCAUAUGCUGUGAUUUCUGCACUAACGCCUUCUGCAAGAAAUGCAUCAAGCACAACCUUGGACGAAGUUUCCUCUCAGCCUUGAUGAGCAGUGAAGACACCAAGUGGCGCUGCUUUGCCUGCGACCACAAACCCCUCCAGGAGCUACGCAUGAAGUGUAAAAGUGCUCUUGAGGGCUUGAAUAAGAUGGCAGAACAGAAACCGUCCAAAUCACGCAGACGUCAAACGGGCGACGGCAGAGAGGCUGAUGAGGCUGAUGACUAUUCUGGAACACUCCACCCGAGCAUUAGCAAAGUUAGCGUUAAUCUCCAGUUUAAACCCAACAAACCAACUUUGGAGAUCAGCUCUGAUGGUUUGAGGAUCUUAAGACCUAAGGAAGGAGAUCGCUGGGGACUCAAGAUGGCAUUGUGGAUUAUGCGCAGCUUGAAGCGUACUACAGCAAAGGCUGAGAAAGAGAUUAAUCUAAGACUUGCUGCUCAAUCAGAUAAGGACACUAAAAGGGGUACGGUGCAAUUAGACAUGUCCAGUAAGUGGAUGGAAAUAAAACUAGACAAAAAGGCGAAGAAGACGCACUCCCAACACAAUGGCCAAACAUCACAUGAUUCCAAACCAAAACUUAAUCAGUCUAAACCUUCAAGCAGUGAAGAGACUGUCAGAAAGCAGAAAGACACUCCUAAAAAUAGACGCUCCAACCGUAACAAUGAAACUGAUGAUCAAAGUGAAGAUGUAACUGAGAGUUUGGAGGAAUCAGCGGAGUGUGAAGAAGUAAAAAACAAAUUGGAUGAAGAAGAGAAUCCUCAAAGCGCUUCAUCAGAACAGGAAAUGGAAACUGAAGAAACAAACCAAAAUGUGGAAACACAAGAACAUGAGAAAGAUGACGAUCAACAGCUAGACAAAAGUACAGAAAUAGAAACGCCUUGCAAAAACAUUGAAGAAAAAGACGGUAAGAGUAAGAGCAAAAAAUCUGAUACAAAGGAAACUGACAGUGACAAAGCUGAAGACGAAGAAGAUCUUGGAGAUGGAGAAGCUGAUGAGGAAGAAGACAAAGAGAAAGCUGGAAAAGUUAUUGAGGAAGAGAUCGCAGAGGGAGGAGAAGUUGAGUCAGAGGUAGAUAAGGAAGAUCGCAGUGAUCAAGACAUUGAAUGCGAAAAAGCCCUCAUGGAAGAAAUUGAUGGUUUAGGUUCAGAUCAAUCAGGAGAAGAUGAGAUGUCCACUCCAAAGAAAGAGACUACAAUAAAUUCCCCAUUCAAAAUUACUCCUUUGCGGAUCAAAAUUGAAAAAAUUUCUAUUCCGAAGAUAGCAAAAAGCAAGGAAGACAAAUCCAAGUCUCCACGGCGGCAAAAGACCACACCUAAGAGUCCCAGGAACGUUUCUCAGAAGCAUUCGUCCGAUUCCUCAGAUCUUGAUCAAGGGAUUGCAUCAGAUCCUGAACAGGAUGAAAAGAAAGAGGAGUCUUCAAAAACAAAGGUUUCCAAGGAAUUGUUUGAAAACAAAGAGGAUGUGGAUGAAAACAAAGAGGAUGAGGAUGAAAACAAAGAGGAUGAGGAUAAGGAAGGGAGUUCAGAUUUAACACAAUCUUCAGAUGAUGAUGAUUCUUCUUCAUCAAAGGGCUCCGAUUGGAAGGCCCCACCAAGACGAUCUGCAAGAAGGCAAAAGGAAGAAGGCGAAGAGGACAAAGUCAAGGACAAGAAGAAGAAGAAAAAAAGCAAAAAAGAGAAAAAGAAAAACAGAAAAAAUCCAGAUGAAGAAUCAAGUUCUGAAGUGGACUUUCCCAAGACUCCAGAUCUGAAAAAGAAGGGCGAGAGAAAGGGACCUGGACUAGACUCCAGCAACCCAGAGGACGAUGAUUCUGAUGAGGUUGAGCGUCUUAUCACUCCAAGAAAAUCAAAGCAAACACCUAAAGGAUCCAAAAGAUUGAAGGUUAUGCGAAAGUCGGCAUCUAAGUCUGCAGGGAAAUCCAAGGCAAAGGUUCGAGAUUCAGAUUCCUCUAAUUUUGAUUCUGAUCUAGAGAGGCAGAUAAAGACACUUUCAAAGGCUCCAGCCGGGAAGAAAAAAACAAAGGAUGACGACAACGAGGAGCAAGAAUCAACUCCUGAAGAUUCCGAUUCGCUGAAAGAUUCUGACAAUGUAGAAUCUAAGAAACCAAAAGAAAAAGCAACAUCAAAAAAGAGCAAGUCCGCCAAGUCAAAGAAGGUCUCUGACUCUGACUCUAAUUCAGACGCUGAGGAGGAGGAUUCAGAGAAAGAUGGCGACCAAUCAGGAGAUGACGUCCAACUUUUGGAGAAUAUCUCCGAUAGUGACUUGGGCCAUCUUGAAGACGGAGGGCAUGAGGGAGGAGAGGAUAUUGACAGUGACUUGGAGAAUAAGCUUGCUGAGAAGCAACUGAUGGAAGAAAUAGAAGCAGAACUCAACAAAGGAGAUAGUGAAGAAGAUGAAGAUGAUGAAGGAACCUCGGAGGAUUCUGAGAAACCAAAAGGAAAACGUAAGAAGAAGACUCAAGAUAAAGACAGUGGUGAUGAGUUUGAUGCGGAAUCAGAGGAGGAAGAUGAGAGCGAGAGUGACAGUGGUGAAGAAGAAAGCUCAUCAGAUGAGAAAUCAUCAAAGAAGAAGAAGCAUGGAAGGCGUCACCAUCUCAUGAGAGUCAAACUGGGAGAGAGCAGCAGUGAAGGCAGUGAUGAAGACGCUAGUGGCUCAGACUCCAGAAAGAAAAAAAUGAAGAAACGAAAACGAGGGCGGGCCAAUCCAAGUUCUGAAAACGACUCGGAUCAGGGUAGACCAAAGAAAGGGGGAAAGAGAGGGCGUGCACGGAAGAGGUCUUCUUCAAACAGCGAUGAAGACUCAAAUGAUUUCCAAAAGGAGCGUAGUUAUAAUCGUGGAAAGGGGAAGAAGAGACGACGAAUCAAGGUGGCGACUGAUUCUGAAACGGAUGAUCAAAAAGUCAAGGGAUCUGGCGAUGAAUCUGAUGCUGAGAAGGAUACCCCAAGCAAACAUGGUCGAAAGAAGAUUCGUAGAGUGAUCUCUAAGGGUAAGCUACAGGAGGAGACUGUGAGGGCAGCAAAGGAGGAGAAAGAACGACGUAAACGCAUCGCUGAUAAACGCAAAAUGGUGACCAAGAUAUCUGAGCAGGCCGCUGAGGAGAUGGGUACAGUCGAUGAAGUUAUCUUGGAGCACAACUCAGAGACAAAGAAACCUACACUGGCAGUAGAGAAGUCUCUUGCCAAGCAACUCAAACCACAUCAGGUUGAAGGGGUACAGUUUAUGUGGGAUUGUACGUAUGAGUCCUUGGAGAAGGCUGAUGAGAAAGGCUCUGGGUGUAUCCUUGCUCAUUGCAUGGGACUCGGGAAAACUCUACAGGUGAUCACGUAUUUACACACCAUUAUGAAUAACCCCAAGAUUAACGCCAAGAGUUGCCUGGUAGUGGCACCACUCAAUACCGUCCUCAACUGGGUUUCUGAGUUCGAGAAAUGGCUUGGAGAAGAUAGUGACAUUGAGGUAUUUGAAAUCACAGUCUUCAAGUCAAACUGGCAGCGAGCGGACGCACUUAAACACUGGCAUGACUACGGUGGUGUGAUGGUCAUGGGUUAUACAAUGUAUAGACAACUUGCUCUUCAUAAGUUUUGCAAGAAUAAGAAACAGCGAAACAUUUUUACGAAGACUCUUGCUGAUCCGGGUCCUGACAUUGUGGUUUGUGACGAGGGUCACAUGUUGAAGAACGAUACCACUGCAAUCUCUAAAGCCCUGAACGCCAUCAAGACGCUCAGACGUAUCUGCCUGACUGGAACACCUCUCCAGAAUAACCUGAUUGAGUAUCAUUGCAUGGUUGACUUUGUUAAACCAAACCUUCUUGGUACGAGGAAGGAGUUCUUGAAUCGAUUCGUUAAUCCCAUCACCAAUGGUCAGUGUGCCGACUCAACACAGAGAGAUGUCAAGAUCAUGAAAAGAAGAGCUCACGUACUGCAUGACCUGUUGAAUGGCUGUGUACAGAGAAAGGACUACAGUGCCCUCACCAAAUUCCUGCCCCCGAAGUAUGAGUACGUUGUCUCAGUACGUCUGUCUCCUGUCCAGAUAAAGAUGUAUGAGUUGUAUUUGCAAUCCCAGUCUCGUAAUGACAGUGGUGAAUUGAUGGAGGGAUCAGCUAAAGGUUCUGGCUGUGGUUUGUUUGCCGAUUAUCAGCAACUCAUGAGGAUAUGGACUCAUCCUCAUGUAUUGAAACUCAACGAGAUCAGACAGGAGAAAAUUCAAGCUCGCAACUACAUGUCAGACUUUGUGACGUCGGCCUCGGAGGAUGAGAUGUCUGACAGUAAUGACAGCAUCCAGCAGUUUGUAGUAGAAGGAAGCGAUGUAGAAGAGAUUGUGAUUGAUUCAGAUGAACCAACAACAUCAUGUGGUACAACACGUAGAACUAGAGGCAUGGUACAACAGGCUGUCAAGGAGGAGAAAGAUGCUGCUGGGGAAACCUCGGAGAAGAAGAAGAAAUCAGGAAAAGAUUCUGGAGAUUCGGACAGCAGUAUGGAAAUCAUUAAGACUUGGAAGACAAGAAGCAGAUGUCUGGAUCCUAAUGGUGAGAAUGUGACGAGAUCUCCGUCCCCAGUCCAGACGGCUAAACCCAAAUGGUACGAUGAGUUUAUUCAAGAGGGUGAUGAAACCAAGAUAGAGCUGAGUGGCAAGCUAGUGCUUCUCUUUGAAGUCCUCAAACAUGCUGAGAGUAUCGGAGAAAAAGUACUUGUGUUUAGCCAGAGUCUACUGUCCCUGGAUCUAAUUGAAGACAUGCUGCAGAGUUUGGAAGACAGGGCUCAGCAAGAACGAGAAGAAGGCAGUCAAGAUUUAGACAAACAAAUUGGAGGAAUUGGAUCCUGGGUCAAAGGUGAAGAUUAUUUCCGCAUGGAUGGUUCUACUUCGGCAGCAUUCCGCAAGACAUGGGCUGAGACAUUUAACAAAGUCAAGAAUUACAGGGCCAGACUGUUUCUAAUCUCUACUAAGGCUGGUUCUCUUGGUACCAAUUUAAUCGGAGCCAAUCGUGUCAUCAUAUUCGAUGCGUCCUGGAAUCCUAGUCACGAUAUUCAGUCCAUUUUCAGAGUGUAUCGUUUUGGCCAAACGAGGGCGGUUUACAUCUACAGAUUCGUUGCACAGGGGUCAAUGGAAGAGAAGAUCUAUGAGCGACAGGUAACUAAACAGUCUCUGUCUUGCCGUGUGGUGGAUGAGCAUCAGAUUGAACGGCAUUUCACUGCCGCUGACCUCUCUGACCUUUACACUUUCACCCCUGAUCGGCUUGAUGACCCCAACAAGCCAGAACGAGAAACACCUGUGCUACCCAAGGACUAUGUCCUUGCUGAGUUACUCAAACACAGCGGUAACUGGAUCGUUAAAUACCAUGAGCAUGACUCACUCCUAGAGAAUAUUGAGUCAGAAGAACUCAACGAAGAGGAACGUAAGAAUGCAUGGAAGGAAUAUGAAGAUGAGAAGGAGGGUAGGAUGCGUAUGGCUCUGGAUCCACGUCUCCUUCUUAAUCAAGGCAUUAAUCAACAGGAACUGGCUAAAUUACAGCAAAUGUGGUAUUCUGGGAUGAAUCCGGGACUUUAUGGGGCAGAUGGUCAGAAUGCGAUGCAGGGGUUACUAAGCAACCAACAGCAACAGCAGUAUUCACUACCAGUCAUCAACAUGAUGGGUGGUGCUGGAGCGGAUAGUGGUACGAUGAUGCAACGUCUAGCACUACAAGCUGCAUCAUCAUCAGGCAACUACCAACAAAUUCAACAGCAGCUCAUGUAUCACAGUCGCAUGCAACAAAUGCAGCAGCAGAUACAGCAGCAGCAGCAACGGCAACAGCUACAACGGCAACAGCAGCAGCAACAGCAGCAGCAGAUUACAAGCAGGAGCUUAUCAGAGAUGAUUGCACAGAGUCUACGGGGCUCAAGACCCGCAGCUCAGCAACAUGCUGCCAUCAUCAGCAAACCAAAUGAUCUGAGUGUCAAGAACAUCUUUAAGACUACCGUGGGACCUGAAGGCGUUAAGAUUGUCAAGUCAGACAACACUAAGGGUGAACAGAAAGGAUCAAGCGGAGCUUGGGGUGGUGUAGGAAAGGGAACAGAUAAACCCGGUCCAUCCAGCUAGUGGGACUUUAAUCAUAGAGUUAAAUAUAAGAACUAGAGGGCGCACUGGCCUAUAUACGCGCCCCGGUAUGCGAGCAGGCGGCCAUUUUCUAAGUUGACA